GGAUUGCUAUCAGAGAUACUGCGUAAAGAAGAAGACCCUAGAACAGCUUCCCAGUCCCUCCUGGUAAAUCUGAGGGCAAUGCAGAAUUUCCUCAACCUACCUGAGACAGAGCGAGAUCGUAUAUAUCAGGAUGAGAGAGAGAGGAGUAUGAACCCCAAUGUGAGCAUGGUGUCUUCAGCUGCCAGCAGUCCGAGUUCCUCCAGAACCCCCCAGGCCAAAACCUCAACACCGACAACAGACCUCCCCAUUAAGGUGGACGGAGCCAACAUCAACAUCACAGCUGCCAUUUAUGACGAGAUCCAACAGGAGAUGAAAAGGGCCAAGGUGUCUCAGGCUCUGUUCGCCAAAGUAGCUGCCAACAAAAGUCAGGGUUGGCUGUGUGAGCUGCUGCGUUGGAAAGAAAACCCAAGCCCUGAAAAUCGUACACUUUGGGAAAAUCUGUGCACCAUUCGGCGAUUCCUCAAUCUUCCUCAGCAUGAGAGGGAUCUUAUCUAUGAGGAAGAGUCUAGGCAUCAUCACAGCGAACGUAUGCAGCAUGUUGUCCAGCUUACUCCUGAACCUGUACAGGUACUUCAUAGACAGCAAUCCCAGCCAGCGAAGGAAAACUCCCCCCCAAGAGAAGAGGCCCCGCCCCCACCUGCAGAAGACGCAUCUACAAAAAAGCCAAGAUCCCGUACUAAGAUUUCCUUAGAGGCUUUGGGCAUCCUUCAGAGUUUCAUCCAUGAUGUUGGCCUCUACCCAGAUCAGGAGGCCAUCCACACUUUAUCUGCCCAGUUGGAUCUGCCUAAGCACACCAUCAUCAAAUUCUUCCAGAACCAGCGUUACCAUGUAAAGCAUCAUGGGAAACUAAAAGAGCAUUUAGGUACAGCGGUGGAUGUGGCAGAGUAUAAAGAUGAAGAGCUGCUGACUGAGUCAGAGGAGAAUGACAGUGAGGAGGGUUCUGAGGAGAUGUACAAAGUGGAAACUGAAGAAGAGAAUUCAGAAAAAAACAAAGCAAAUACUUCAGAGACUGAGCAGAGAUAAUGUGAAAAUAUCACAGGCAAAGCAAUACAUUGUUCUGAGAUUUUUUGUUUUGCUUCUUUCAGAAAAAAAGUGUUUUGGAAUUUUCCAGCGUGCAUAGAAUAUGUGCAAAUUGAACAAUUAUUUUGCAUAGCUCAAUCAGACAUUCCCUUGUAACAGGCACUUGAGUGUUACACUUUUUUAUGUUUUAUUGAGACAGUUAAUUGUAAUUCACUUAGGAUUACAUCAUUGUUAAUCUUGCACUUAUGAAAGGAUCCUCUAGCAAGCAAGUUACAGGAAGAAACAACUUAUGAGAUCAA